GUUGUAUAUAAACUUAUCGCGCCCUUCCUCUUCCUCUUUCUUUCACGCGACCCUAAAGCGCAGUAAUACCUUGUCUUUAAACCAGCUGUUGAGCGAUCCUUGGAAGCACUGUCAAGAUGCCCAGGGAAGACAGGGCCACGUGGAAGUCCAACUAUUUUAUGAAAAUUAUCCAACUUUUGGAUGAUUAUCCAAAAUGCUUCAUCGUGGGGGCAGACAAUGUGGGCUCCAAGCAGAUGCAGACCAUCCGUAUGUCUCUGCGUGGAAAAGCUGUGGUGCUGAUGGGUAAAAACACUAUGAUGCGCAAAGCCAUCCGUGGCCACCUGGAGAACAAUCCUGCUCUGGAGAAGCUCCUGCCCCACAUUAAAGGAAAUGUGGGCUUUGUCUUCACCAAGGAGGAUCUGACUGAGGUCAGGGACUUGCUGCUUGCCAAUAAGGUACCAGCAGCUGCCCGUGCUGGAGCUAUCGCUCCUUGUGAUGUGACAGUGCCAGCCCAGAACACUGGGUUGGGUCCUGAGAAGACCUCUUUCUUCCAGGCUCUGGGUAUCACCACCAAAAUCUCCAGAGGAACCAUUGAAAUCUUGAGUGAUGUUGGUCUGAUCAGAACUGGAGACAAGGUUGGUGCCAGCGAGGCCACGCUGCUCAACAUGUUGAACAUCUCACCCUUCUCCUUCGGACUCAUCAUCCAGCAGGUGUAUGACAAUGGCAGUGUUUACAGCCCUGAGGUGCUUGAUAUCACAGAGUCUUCGCUGCAUGUCAGGUUCUUGGAGGGUGUGAGGAACAUUGCUAGUGUGUGUCUGGAGAUUGGCUAUCCCACGUUGGCUUCCGUCCCCCACACUGUCAUCAAUGGCUACAAGAGAGUCCUGGCUGUAGCUAUGGAGACAGACUACUCCUUCCCUCUGGCAGAAAAGGUCAAAGCCUACCUGGCGGAUCCAUCUGCUUUUGCUGUUGCAGCAGCACCUGUAGCAGCUGCAGAGACUGCUGCAGCUCCAGCUGCUAAGGAGGAGGUUAAGGAGGAGUCUGAGGAAUCUGAUGAUGACAUGGGCUUUGGUCUGUUCGACUAAUAUCACAGCGAAUGGAACCUGUUUUGAGUCAAAUUAACACCAUGAUUCAAUAAACUCUUUAACA